AUGAACAGAGCUGGCCCUCAGCUCAGGGCAGUGUGCUUACGGAUCGCCCUCACAUCAGCAGUCAUGAGCAGAGGUGACAACUACACAAAUGGUCUUGAUCUACUAGUGCCGGGAAUCCCCAGCAUAACCCAGGCCUGGGGACUGUGGACCCUCUUAGGGACUGUGAUACUGCUGCUUUUCAUCUCAUUGGCUGCACUCUGGUCCCAGAGGACCAGUUUGCAGAGCAGGAGCCAGCCAGGGCAGGGAUGCUCUGAAGCAGCUGUGGAAGAGGUCCCCUUGUAUGGGAACCUGCACUAUUUACAGACAGGACGGCUGACUCAAGAGCCAAGGCCAGACCAACAGGAUCCAUCCCCCGGAGGCCCCAAGAGGGCGGCAGAGGAGGUGAUGUGCUAUACCAGCCUGCAACUGCGGCCUCCUCAGGGCCGCGUCUCCAGCUCUGGGACUCCCAUCAAGUACUCCGAGGUGGUGGUAGACCCCGAGCCCAAACCCCAGGCAGCAGGCCCCGAACCAGAGCUCUAUGCUUCAGUAUGCUCCCAGACACGCAGAGCCGGUACUUCCUUCCCGGAUCAGGCCUAUGCCAACAGCCAGCCUGCACCCAGCUGAGAAAGAGGCCUGGCCCAGGAGGCAUGCAUGGCUCACCCACCGUCGAAGAUGCUCCUGCUGUCCUGUCUGGAGCAUGCCUGUUUCCCAACCACCACUCCCAGGACACCGAACCAUUGCCUAGUCACAGGUAGUGACCUAUCCCAAACUUCCUAUCUGAGCUGCGGGGGAGACAUCUCAGGGUAUGGCAGGCCCCUGACUUUCUGAGGAUAGAGGCAACAAACAAAGUCAGUUCCCCCCUCCCCACUUCUCAUCUAUCUGUUCCUUUCAGCUCCCAAACUCCCAGAUUCUCACUUCCUCCUCCUUAAACCAGGCCCUUCCUCCUACCCUCCCUCCCAACCUACCCCCCACACCACAGUGUCUCUUCAGGCACAGGAAGUGGGCAGGGGGUAGGUAAGAGCCUGAGAGGAUGUGGGUGGGUGUCAUGCUUGGGAGCCCACAGUCUGGAAGGGGCCUAGGUCCUAUGAAUUCCAGGGACCCAAGCCUGACUACUGACCUGAGAACCAUGGCAGAAUGUAACUCCAUGUCUCUGUCAUGUCUCCCGGUUUUCAAAUAAAACUUCUAAAAGAGUGUUUAGAUUUUUACCUAGAGGCAGCAAACCUGCUCCUCCACCCAAGGUAGGGUGUGAACUUUGCCAUCGGCAUGGAACACUUCUGGGGUUGCCUAACUGGGGAAGAGGAACAAGAAGGACUGAAGAGGUGGGUGCCAGGUGUGGAAGGGUGGAGGGCUGGAGCCCAGCUCCUCAGCUGCUCUUUCUGCUGCUAGAACAUUGUCAGGAUUUGCACU